AUCGUUCUGAUGUCGGAUUGGUUCAGCGACAACCCACGUGAUUUUAUCUAAAAUGGCUGCGUCCUCGUGAAGAGCAGCACAUGAGUGGUUUUGGGUAAACUCGCACUGUAAAAACUCAAUUCUUCAGACAGUAGUUUGCCUGUUAUUCACCCGCAAGGAAAAUGAAGACAAAAAAGGUACAGCCCAAGAGGAAGGUGCUCAGAAAUGGGGUGAAGCCCAAAAAGCGGGGUAUCGUUGUGAAGGGAAGUUGGAAGGCAGUAGAGCUGGACCACAGUCUCUUCUCCGAGCAGGACAUGGGAGGGCUGGUGUGUUUCGAGGAGCUGACGGACUACCGCCUGGUUGAUUCUGCCAAGGUCGCAGCAAAGGUGGAAAAUAAAACAGAGAAGAAAGCCAAGAAAAGGAAAGCAACCAAAGAAGCAGUAGUACAUGGAGAUGUAGAGCAGGCAGGUGAAGGGGGAAGUGAGAACAAAGAGGAGUCCGUACAGCCUUCCAAAAAGAAGAAAAAGAAAAAAAAGAAAAAGGCUAAAAAGGAAAGCGAGCAGAGUGGUAUUUCCACUUCUGAAGUGAAAGCUGUAGAGGUGGAAGUGGAAGAGACAGUCGAGGAAAGUAUAGGACCAGAAAAGGUUGUGGGUCCAGAGGAAGAUUCUCAAAUGCAUCAAGCAAAAGCACUGAAAACAAAGAAGAAAGUCAAGAAAGAGAAGGAACCAGAUGCAGAAACAGACAAACCAUCUGCCAACACUGAACCACCUGAAAAAGCUAUAAAACCACCCAAAAAGAGGACAAAAAAUUGGACUAAUGCUGCCCUUUCGGGGCAACUGGGUUCAGAUACAGAUGUAUCUGCGUGGAAGGAUCUCUUUGUCCCAGAGCCAGUCCUGCAGGCACUUGGCACUCUUGGAUUCAGCUCCCCUACACCUAUUCAAGCGCUUGCCUUACCACCAGCCAUUAGAGAUCGCAUGGAUAUACUUGGAGCCGCUGAAACAGGAAGUGGUAAGACACUGUCAUUUGGAAUACCCAUGAUUCAUUCCAUCCUAGAGUGGAGAAGAGCUCAGGAGAGGCAGGAUGAGCAAGUGCCAGCUAGCCUGGCUGUCCCAGAGACGGACUUGAAGAGUCUCUAUCUACCUGAUGUGGAGGAGGAAGUCCAAGCAGACGAGGAUGAAGCUGAAGAUGAGAAAAAAGAAGAGCAAGAUGAAUUGCAAGAAGCAGAAGAAGAUAUGGAGGAAGAUGAGAAAAAAGAAGAGCAAGAUGAAUUGCAAGAAGCAGAAGAAGAUAUGGAGGAAGAUGAUGAUGACGUUGACUCUCAAAAGCUACAAUGUGUUAAAGUCAUUGAGGAUGCAGAGUUUGACUUUGAGUUUCCUGGUGCGGCAAAAGUGCCACCCAAUCAAAAGCAGCCGUUGCUGGGGCUUAUCCUCACCCCCACCAGGGAGCUGGCCGUCCAGGUGAAGCACCACAUUGAUGCCGUGGCGCAGUUUACAGGUAUCAAGACUGCAAUAAUUGUUGGUGGAAUGGCCCCACAGAAGCAGAACAGGUUACUAAAUCGAAGGCCCGAGAUUGUCAUUGCAACACCAGGCCGCCUCUGGGAGCUGAUCAAGGAGAGGCAUCCUCACCUCCUGAACCUCAGGCAGCUCAGGUGCCUGGUGAUCGAUGAAGCAGACCGCAUGGUGGAGAAGGGCCACUUCGCAGAGCUGGAGAACCUGCUGGAGAUGCUGAACAAUGCUCAGUACAGCCCCCAGCGGCAGACCUUCGUCUUCUCGGCCACCCUGACCAUGGUGCACAAGGCGCCGGUCCGCAUCCUGCAGAAGAAGACCAAGAAGCUGGACCAGCGGAGCAAGCUGGAGAUCCUCAUGGAGAAGGUGGGCAUCAAGGCCAAGCCCAAGGUCAUCGACCUGACCAGGAAGGAGGCCACGGUGGAGACGCUGACGGAGACGCGCAUUCACUGCGACAAGGACGACAAGGACUUCUACCUGUACUACUUCCUGCUCCAGUACCCAGGACGCACCAUGGUGUUCGCCAACAGCAUCGACUGCAUCAAGCGUCUCAACUCCCUGCUCACCAUCCUGGACCGCACCCCGUUGCCUCUGCACGCCAACAUGCACCAGAAGCAGCGGCUCAAGAACCUGGAGAGGUUUGCCGAGAGGGAGAGCUGUGUCCUCCUAACGACGGACGUGGCAGCACGAGGCCUGGACAUUCCCAACGUCCAGCACGUCAUUCAUUACCAGGUGCCGCGAACGUCAGAGACGUACGUCCAUCGGAGCGGCCGCACGGCACGCGCAACCAAGGAGGGUCUCAGUCUGCUGUUGAUUGGGCCAGACGACGUGGUGAACUUCAAGAAAAUCUACCGAACGCUUGGAAAGGAUGAAGAGCCGCCCAUGUUUCCCGUGCAGACUAAGUGCAUGGCAGCGAUUAAGGAGCGUGUCAAGAUGGCCAGGAAGAUAGAGAAGAUUGAGUACCACAACAGCCGGGAGAAACAUCACAAUUCCUGGUUCAAGCAAGCAGCAGAAGCGAUAGAGAUGGAUCUGGAUGAUGACCUUCUCUUGGGAGGCAGGAAAACCGAAGAGGACGACAUGCAGCAGCAGAAAAUGGUGAAGGGCAUGAAGAGACACCUGAAGCACCUGCUGUCCCAGCCUGUCUUUAAGAGCGCGAUGAAGACAAAGUACCCCACGCAAAUGGGAAAGCUGUCCCUGCCCGAGCUGCCUCUGGCCUCCGUCAGGACCGCCCUCGACAGUGUCAUCAGUCAGAAGCAGAAGCCCAAAAAGAACCCGCAGCAGCACGCUGUUUAACACCCAUGUGCUCUGAACUGUUUAUUUUCACUUGAGGUAACAACAGCGCAAAUGGAAAGGAAUUAAUUGAGGUUUAAUAUACACUUGUAUAUAAUUACAUCUCUUAGUUAAAAAAAAAAAUACAUUUGAAAUGUUUAUCAAAUAUGACAUGGAAAAAUGAAUUCACAGUGUGCAUUUUACAUGUGGCACGGAAGCAAUACACAUUAAAAAUAUAUUUUAAAAAAGACAGCAAAA